UUUCUCCCAAAGCUUCAGCUAUGAUUUAAUUUAAUACUGAAAACAUUUAGUCUUGGCCUAUGUGUGAAGGAACACGUGAAUGACCACAUCUUAAUCAAAGAAAGGAAUCUUUCGGAUGCCUUUAAGAACCUCAGAGGAAGUACGAAUUCUGAUCAUUUAGGGACGUACAAAUUGUGGUUGCCUGUAGUUUGACGUUUCUGCUAGUCACUGAGCGAGAAAUGUGCCGAAAGUAUCUUGACUGAUCAUAUCCGGGUUAAAGGCUUAAUGCUGUAACCUGUGAUUCCUUCAAACUGCCUAUUUCCGCGUUGCUAGUUGAUUAGCAUUAAGCAGCUAGCCGCUCUGCGCAAAGGAACUGACUUGUGCAGCUUAUGCAGCCACUGGUCGUCAGUUUCACCUCCGACUAUAAGUCGACAUACGGAUAGACACUUUCAAGGUCUCUGGGCAGAAAGUGCUGUCGGGUCUGGUUCAAGGUUGUUGAACAGUUAAUGCACAAGGUAAAGCGGCUGAAAAUCGAGGACACAACAGGAGACGGCCAGGAAAGCGUCGGCGAGGCCCUGGCAGGCAUGACCGGGGCGGACGAGCUCUCAGACAGCACCGAAGUCGUAGAAAUGGAGGACGUCAACCCCACCCGCUUCCACGUGGAGAAGCACACGUGGGACGGCCUGCGGAAGAUCAUCCACAAGAGCCGCAAGAACACGGGCGUGUUCAUCAACAAGGCGCCGCACGACUUCCAGUUCGUCCCCAAAGACGAGGCCUGCCCGCAGUCUCACCGCAUCUACUACCUCGGUAAGGAGGAGAGCAGCCGAAUGCCUUACGCCAGCCGGGAAAACGCCUUACUCUACUCAGACAUUCCCAAAAAGGUCCGCAAAGAUGCCCUGCUGGUCUUGUCCUGGAAGCCCAUGCUGGAUCACUUUCAGGCCAGCCCCCACCACGGGGCCUUCUCUCGAGAGGAGGAGCUGCUGCGGGAGAGGAAGCGUUUGGGGGUGUCUGGCAUUACCUCCUAUGACUAUCACCAGGCCAGCGGCCUCUUCCUGUUCCAGGCCAACAGCAGCCUGUACUACUGUCGGGAUGGUGGAAACAACACUUUCAUUACUUCGCCAAUGAAUCCGACAGAAAUCAAAAGCCAGAAUUCAGGCACACGUAUGGACCCCAAGGUCUGCCCCGGGGACCCAAACUUCAUCGGUUUCAUCAACAAUAAUGACAUUUGGGUGACAAAUAUAGAGACAGGAGAGGAGAAGAGACUCACCUUCUGCCAUAAAGGUAUUGAUAACCCAAAGGAAGACACUAAGUCUGCUGGAGUGGCCACUUUUGUCACUCAAGAAGAAUUCGAUCGCUUCUCUGGAUACUGGUGGUCUCCAGCUUCUUGUGAAAAUCCAGAUGGUGGUAAGACUCUGCAAAUUCUGUAUGAAGAGGUGGACGAGUCUGAGGUGGAAAUCAUCCAUGUCCCCUCGCCUGCUCUGGAGGAGCGUAAGACGGACAUCUACAGGUAUCCACGAGCAGGCAGCAAAAAUCCCGAUAUCACUCUCAAGAUAGCAGAAAUAAGGACAGACAGUCUUGGAAACAUUGUCAGCACACAAGAGAAAGAGCUGCCUGCUCCUUUCACCAGCCUGUUUCCAGACGUCGAGUACAUCACCAGAGCCGGAUGGACGAGAGACGGCCAGUAUGCGUGGGCGGUCAUGAUGGACCGGCGGCAGCAGCAUCUCCAGCUCGUCCUGCUACCUCCCGCGCUCUUCAUCCCCGCACAUCAGGACCAGGCCGAAAGGCAGGAGAGCCUGGAGGCCUUGGGAGACACAGUCCAUCCCUUCAUCAUCUACCAAGAGAAUAGCGAUAUCUGGAUCAAUGUCCAUGACAUCUUCCAUCCUUUCAUCCAAACCAGUGAUGAUGAGAUCACCUUCAUCACAGUGAAUGAGUCCAAAACAGGCUUCUGUCACUUGUACAAGAUCACCUCAGUGCUGCAGCGGGGCAGCUUUCACUGGGCGUCAGGCUACACACACUCUGAAGAUGAUUUCAAGUGUCCAGUGAAAGAGGAAGUGACGGUGACCAGUGGAGAGUGGGAGGUGCUGGCUAAUCAUGGAGCUAAACGCUCGUGCAGCCCUCAGAUUUGGGUGGACGAAGCAGCAAAGCUGGUUUACUUCCAAGGAACCAAAGACUCUCCUCUGGAGCACCACCUGUACGUGGUGAGCUACGAGGUGCCGGGGGAAAUCGUCAGACUCACCAAACCGGGUUUCUCCCACAGCUGCUCUGUGAGCCAGACAUUUGACAUGUUCAUCACCCACUACAGCAGCUUGACCACCGCUCCUUGCGUUCACAUCUACAAGCUGACGGGCUCCGACAGCGACCCCCUGCACAAGGAGCCCGAGUUCUGGGCCAGCAUGAUGGAAUCUUCUGCUUACCAUUGCGACGCCUGCCCACCAGAAAUCUUCAGCUUCACGGGGAAGUCGGGCUUUGAGCUGUACGGCAUGCUGUACAAACCCCUAAACCUGGUUCCCGGCAGGAAACAUCCCACUGUUGUCUUUGUCUACGGGGGUCCUCAGGUGCAACUAGUAAAUAACUCUUACAAAGGAGUGAAGUACCUGCGGCUGAGCACUCUGGCGUCUCUUGGCUAUGUCGUGCUGGUUAUCGAUGGGCGGGGCUCCUGCCAGAGAGGACUCAAGUUUGAGGGAGCUGUGAAAGACAAGAUGGGUCAGGUGGAGAUUGAAGACCAGGUGGAGGGUUUGCACUACAUAUCCGACAAGUAUAAGUUUGUGGACCUGAGCCGCGUUGCCAUCCACGGCUGGUCGUACGGAGGCUUCCUGUCCCUCAUGGGACUGAUCCACAAACCAGACAUAUUCAAGGUCGCCAUCGCAGGCGCUCCUGUGACACUGUGGAUGGCCUAUGACACCGGCUACACAGAGCGCUAUUUGGACACACCCGACAAAAACCCCAAGGGAUAUGAAGAGUGUUCUGUCGCCCUGCAUGUCGACAAACUCCCCAAUGAACCCAACAGAUUGCUCAUCCUGCAUGGAUUUCUAGACGAGAAUGUGCACUUUUUCCACACCAACUUCCUGGUCUCUCAGCUCAUCCGAGCAGGAAAACCAUACAGCCUGCAGGUUUAUCCCAACGAGCGCCACAGCAUCAGGUGUCCGGAGUCUGGAGAGCAUUAUGAGAUUAUGCUGCUGCACUUCCUCCAGCAGAACCUCUGAUGCGCUUCUCCACUGUCUGACCUUCCUCUCCUCACUCCCUACCCUCCUCUCCUUAUCUCCUUUUUCCACAUUCCACCAGUUAUCCAAACCUGCCAUCAACUCUGGUGUCGCUCAAUUAUUAUUAUUAUUGUUAUUCUUAUUUUAAUCUGUUGAAAGAAAGCUACACCAAACUUUACCACCUCAGUUUUCACUAGAGAAAGUCAUGUCAACAUUUGAAUGCCAUUCUGUUUGAUAGUGAAGACUCAUGGAUUAAAGCCCAGAGCCAGAAGAGGGCGCCGUUCACCUAAAAUGAACCCGCUCUCUGGGGCAGUCUUGAUGGUUCUUAAAAGGAAUAACUUACAAAAUUGUUAAAUAAAAUUAUGGUUCCUGAAACAGGACAGGAGGGAAAUAUGUGUGGACCUUCUCUGCAUUUAUGAGUUAACGUUCUUUUCUUUUUGGUGCCAUUCCUUUUUAGCAGCUCUUUUUUUUUUUUUUUAUGCAAUCCAAGUGGCAAAUAUAUCUCUGUUCUCUUUGCAGAUACACACUGGUGUGAAGUUAGCUGAUGUAAAGCUCUUUCAGAGCAUGUGUGCAACUCUUUAACACUUUGCCGUGUUUUUAUGUCGACGUUUGUCUCCUGUGCUGUCACAGAUUGUUUUAUAUGAGGCUAUAGCGAUUCAUGCAGCAUUUUAUUGGGUAAACUUAUGCGGAAAAAAACAACAAUCUUUUGGGCGUUCCUGAGCAUUCAUAGAUGGUGGGAGCAUGUAGCGACCUGUUGCUGUUUCUCUCUCGGUCGUUCGCUUUAACUUUCAGAGGAGCUUCUCUUGUUUUUCUGCUGCUGAGGACUUUUGCACAGCACAUGUUUGCCUUGGUGCCAACAAGCUGACCUAUAAGAUGAUGAUUAACAGAAUUGUUGGCGGUCUGAGGUGCCUUGCUAGAGUUUAAGAGCACCUGCUCUCAUAUGAAUAUAAAUCAGGGAAUCUGUCACAGGAUUCAUGACAAUAAAAUGCCUUGUUACCGUCUGAUGAGCAUCUGUAAGAUGAGCUGCCACGAACUGUACAUGUAAAUGUACUCUGACCUAGAAGAAAUAAAAUGGAGUGAACAAUCUUUUUUAAAGUCUUGUUUCAAGGUAAUUUAUUUAUAUUGAUUUUAAGAUUUCAGUGACGAUGGAGUGGG